CAGGUGUUUCCACCUACAACCCUUCCGAUUACUCAUACUUAGUAUUUGCGUGAUAAUUUACACCAUCAAAUUGGCGCCACCCGUGGGACCUAUUACAAAAAGUCAUGACAAGCAAUCAAGAAACCGUCAUCUCACAAAUCUCUACUCCCGUUGAGAACGUCGCCUCGUUCCCGGGAGGGAGUACACAACCCUCAAACCAGAUUCCUACCCCCAUGUUCUCUAUUCCAACACCUACUCCAUUCACUUCCCCCGUCACCUCUAUCCCUAUUUUUCCUCCAAAUUUUCCCGGGCCCAUGGACCCGCUGUUUUCACAGGCAUUCCAAAAUUUUGGGCAGUUCAUGUCCAUGUUUCAGCAACCGGGAGGAUUUUCACCUUUUAUUCCAGGAUUGUACCCACAAUCCUCGCCUCAAACUAACAUCAUUCGCCCGGUCAUCCCGACAAACCUAAUCGGGGAGAUGGACAAAGCAGGUCCAUCCCGAUCCAGAAGGAGCCGGUCCCGCAGGUCGCAGACGAAGGUGACCUCGGAUGGGGAUGUGCGUUCAGUCCAUAGCAAAGAUGAGGAUUGGGAUGUUCCCCAAGCGCUCAAAAAAUUGAAGGGGAAGGCCGUUCAACCAGAAGGAUCUAGGAGGUCGGCCUUUCAAAGGCUGGGACACGAUGGCCGAAAUCAAAACCGGUCAGCAAAGGAGCGGUUGGGGGUGGAGACCAUCCCGGCUAGUGCCCUUAAUCGUGUAGGGGAACGAGCCGGACGACCUGGUCAGACCAGGCGAACGGAACUACCCCCACGAGAUGAGCCCCAGCACAGCCGGGCACCACGAGAGGAGAAAGCAGAAAGUCACCCCAGGCACACGACUCGUACCCUUGUUGAACCACGGGAUCGUGUGGGCUGGGUUGAGGCACGUCUGGAGAAACUACAGCGCCGGGUAGACCGGGAGGAAAAGAAGAAAAUCCUGUUGAACGAAUCCCCGUUCACAGAUCGGGUUCAUGAAAUCCCAUUUCCAAAGAAGGCAAAACUUGAGGUCCCAAAGUUCACCGGGAAGGAGGACCUGGAAAUUCACGUCAAAACCCUCCAUCAAAGCGGGCGGAUGAUGGGUCUUUCCGGGGAUGAGAAAUGUUUGCUUUUCUUUCAAACCCUCCGCGGCCGCGCCGCUGAAUGGUUUCAUAACUUACCGGCCGGUGAAAUCGACUCUUUCGAUGAACUGGCUGAGGUGUUUCAAGAAAAGUUCAAAGAAAACUGUACCAAGAGGAAAACAUUUACCUACUUGAGUACAGCCGGGCAGCGAGAGCACGAGGAUCUGACAAAAUUCCUUAUCCGGUGGAAGGAUGAGGUUGACAAGGAGACCUACAAUACAGCUUGGGAUUAUGCUGACGCUGAAGCACAGGUGUCAUCCAAAAGGGAGGCCGAGCAGGGCCAUCCCAAAGGAAAGAUUUCCUUGAAGAAGGAAAUUGAACUGCCCGGUAGAGCAAAGGCUGAAGUCAUGGAGGUAAAGCCGGUCAAAUCAGAGAAGAAACCGACUGGCGAAAAACAAUGGAUGGAGAAGUAUUGCUCUUUCCACAAAACUGAUUCCCAUAACACUGCGGAGUGCAACAGUGUGAAGGGAGUAAUUAAGCAGAUGAUAGAGGCCGGGGAGAUUGAUCCGGAAUAUUUGGCCCAAGCCAAACAAAAGAAAAACCAAUGGGUUAGGCCUGAAGGACAGCCGGCCGAACAGAACAAGAAGAAGAAAGCAGCCGGCAAGGAGCAUUUACAGGUUAUCUACGGUGGACCGGAAGGGGGAGAUUCUGCUUCCCAAAGAAAGAAAUGGGGGCGAGAACUCUACGUUGGAGCGGUGGCCCUAAAUCCCUGGUCGAAACAAGCGAGACGGGAACCGAUCACUUUUACUGACCGGGAUCUUCCCGCCACCAGAGAAGAUCACAAUGACCCCUUGGUCAUAACUAUGGACAUAGGUGGGGUCGAUGUCUCCCGGGUGCUUGUUGACACGGGCAGUAGUGUUAACGUAUUGUACUUGGAUGCAUUUGAGAAGCUCAAGUUGUGUCGAACAUGGCUUAAGCCCUUAAAGACUCCCCUGUCUGGGUUUACCGGGGACUUAGUCAAAGCUGAAGGGUCGAUCCUUCUAACCUGUGAGCUGGGCACAGGCGAGCAGGUCGUCCAAAAACAAAUGAGGUUUGUGGUUGUGAACAUCAAUUGUGUUCACAAUGCCAUUUUGGGCCGGCCUGGGAUAAACAAGGUCCUUGGAGUCAUCUCCAUGGCCCUUCUCUGUAUGAAGUUCUAUACCCCGGGCGGUAUAGGACAAGUCAGAGGAGAUCAAAAGAAGGCCCGGCAUUGCUAUUUGGAAGCUGUAAAGAAAAUGACGAAGGCCUUUGAGAGAGUCACUUUGGUCUCUCAGGAGGAAGACCGGUCAAAGUUAGAGCCGGGUGAUGAAACUGAGCAGAUUGUCCUCCGGGAAGCUUUCCCGGAAAGAAUGGUACGGAUUGGCAGAGACCUGCCCAGAGGACUUCGAGAUGAAAUCAUCUCAGUCCUUCGGGAAUAUGCAGAUAUUUUUGCGUGGAGUGUGGCGGACAUGCCAGGCAUUAACCAUUCUGUCAUAUGCCAUCGUUUGGCUGUGAUGGAAGGGAGCCGGCCUGUGAAACAGAAGAAGAGGCACUUGGCGAACGUCCGGAGGGACUUUGUGAAAAAAGAAGUGAAGGAUUUUUUGGCAGUCGGGCACAUAAGAGAAUUCAAAAUAGAGUACAAACCAAGGACCGCAAUCAAUGGUCAAGCUUUGGCAGACUUCCUCGUCGAACUAACCGGUCUAGAGCCCGAAGCCGGACCUUCUCAUACGGUCGAACCGUGGUGGGACAUGGCCGUUGAUGGGGCCUCUGGACCGAAGGGAUGCAGAGCCGACAUAGUCUUCACUACUCUAGAAGGGUUCAAAAUCUACCAUGCCUUGGUUUUCAACUUCAAGCUUACCAACAAUGAGGCGGAGUAUGAGGCACUGACCGGAGGCCUCAGACUAGCCCAGGCACUCGGAAUAAAGAGAAUAAGAAUUCGUUCCGACUCAAGUCUUUUGGCUAAAAUUGAGAGUUUAGAUCAACCAAGUACUGAUCGGUUUGAAAUCGCGGCUAUCCAACUGGGCCAGAAUUCGGCAGCCGGGAUAAUCGGAGUAGAUGAUGACUGGAGGUACGAUCUCAUGGAAUAUUUGGAGACCGGUCAGAAACCGGAUGACGAGGAACGGGCCAGGAAGGUGGUCUUGCGGGCUCCCCGUUUUCAGGUAAUCGAUGGUCACUUGUACAAACGUGCCAUUGGUGGACCUCUCCUACGUUGCCUUACCAACCCGGAGGCUGAACGGGUAAUAGCUGAGGUGCAUGAGGGAGUUUGUGCAGCCCAUCAAAUGUCUCGCACCCUGGCUCAAAGGAUAAUAUUGCUUGGCUACUACUGGCCGACCAUUGUUGGGAAUUGUGAGCGGUAUGUCCAGAGAUGUAGGACGUGCCAGUUUCGUAACCCCUGGUUCACUGAGUACUUGGCUAGUUUUGGAAUCAAGCACAGCAAGGCCUCAGUAGCUUAUCCACAGGGAAAUGGCCAAGUCGAAAAUGCUAACCAGACGAUAGUGGACGGCCUAAAGAAGAGGUUGGGUGAAGAUGGCCAUAAAUGGUUGGAAGCUUUGCCUCACACGGUCUGGGCGCAUAGAGUGACUUCAAGAAGGGCAACCGGAGAAACUUCAUUUGUGCUCACUUACGGAUGUGAAGCCCGGUUGCCAGUUGAAGCAGAAAUUCCAACAUUUAGAGAAACCGUGUACCAGCCCGGUCAGAACGAGGUCGACCACCUAGCUAAGUUAAAUUUGGUGGAAGAACGAAGGACCCUAGCAGCUGUCAAGAUGGCCGGUUACCAGCAGUCGGUAAAGAGAUAUCACGACAACCGGGUGGGCCCACGGUACUUCCAAGUGCAUGAUGAGGUCUUGCGCAGACGGGAUGCUAGUAAACCUAACGAGAGAGGCAAGUUGGUGCGAAAUUGGGAAGGACCCUAUCGCAUAAAGGCGAUCAUCCGACCGGGCACUUACCAACUGGAGACUAUGGAAGGAAGCCGGGUUGACCGACAUUGGAACUCUCAUCACUUACGUAAAUUUUUUAGAUAAAGUGUAAUGAGUUCCCUAGGUGUUAAUAAAACUUUGUUCUUUUC